AACCACAUAGAUGGCGCAUUUUUUAGUCCUGUCAAAUUCAUUUCAAGGUUAUUAUUUAUUUUCUUUUAAAAAAUACAAUGUUAUCUCAUUUAAUUUCGUAAUAACUGAUAAAAUUUGGUGAAAAGACACUUAUUCUUCAUUCCAUAAAAAGAUGCCAAAUAAUAAUAUCGUUGUAAUUGGUUCUUGCAUGAUCGAUUUUGUGUGUUACGUUGAUCGUCUACCUAAACACGGAGAAACAGUUGUUGGUUCUAAUUUUUGUACGAAUUUUGGUGGAAAAGGCUCUAACCAAUGUGUGGCCGCUGCGAAACUCGGCGGGAACACUCUCAUGAUCGCCCGAGUUGGAGAUGAUCUUUGGGGCGAAAAAUAUUUGCAAAAUUUCAAAGAUGUCGGAGUUGAUCACCGAUUUGUUAAAAAAACCCUUGGAUUUACAAACGGAAUUGCUCAAAUUUCGGUUGCAAAAAACGCAGAGAACCAAAUCGUCAUUGUUCCUGGAGCGAACACCGAACUAAGCGAAACAGAUGUUGAAAAUGCCAAAGAAGAAAUUGAGAACGCCGCCGUUGUUGUGUGCCAAUUAGAAACACCUAUUACCUCGGCUUUAAAAGCCAUCAAAUUAACGAAAGGAAUAAGUAUUUUAAACGGAGCCCCGGGAUUAAAUGAUUUUCCGAUCGAAUUAUUAACAACACCGAGUAUUUUUUGUGUCAAUGAAAGUGAAGCGGAAUUAUUUUCUAAACUCCCAAUUACUUCAAUUGAUGAAGCUUUAAUAGCAGCCAAAAAAUUUAUUGGUAUGGGAUGCAAAACGAUAAUAAUAACCUUAGGAGGUGAAGGUUCAGUUUAUAUGAAUAACGAUGGAAGUGAUCCCGAACAUGUUAUAUGCCCCAAAGUGAACGCUGUUGAUACAACAGGAGCUGGUGAUGCUUUUGUUGGUGCUUUGGCGUACUUUAUAGCUUCCGAACCUGGACUAUCAUUAAAAGAAGCUAUUUUAAAAGCCGGUUUCGUCGCAUCUAAAAGUACUACAUUACCAGGGACACAAAUUAGUUAUCCCAAUAAGAAUGUCUUAGAUGAGAUUAAAUCAAAGAAUUUGUUAUGAAAAUAUUGUUAUGCAUCCCAAACAUCACGAAAAUAACAAAAUAGUUACUGUGAAGAAAUUUUAAACAAAUUUUAUUAGGAGAAACAAAUUGCGGGAAAUAUCGAUUUAUAAUUUAAAAAGAGUAAGUUAUUUUGAAAUUUAUUAUUGCUUGUCAAAGAUAUUUUUUU